AUGAAGGUAUCAGUGAUUGCGUAUGGUGUCUACCUAUCUCUGCCGUCUGUAUCUGCAAGAGUCAUCUCUGAUACUUGCGUUGUUGUGGAUAUCCUCCCUCUCAUUACCGUCAACAAAAGCCCUGAUGGGUAUGAAAAUGAGUACAUUCGUUAUUACUCUGACUUUUUUGCCGGGGGUCUCACGACAAAGGCAUACACUAUUACGCAGACUUGCCCUAGUAUCAACUGCCAACCUCCUCCUCUGGAGACAGCUCCUCCACCAGGAUUUACCUACGCUGUAAUCCAAUGCAACGCUUGCAACAACUCUCAUGCCCAGAUUGCGACGUUGACGUUCCCAACUGAGUCGUUUGGGGCAUAUUCUACGUCUGGAUACCUUGUUCUUCCAACUAUCGAUCCCCUAGCAUCUGCUCAUACCCAACUUAAUCAUGAUAAGAUUGAUCACGGUGGUCACAAGAUCUUGGGCAGCAACAGGAAAUGCAUUGGAAAAUGCACAGAGAACCAUUUGCCUUUCACAAAAGUAUCUCCUGGUGUGAGCCCUGAAGACAAGUCAGGAAGCAAUGGUGGGACGAUUUCUUCAAACUCUUCAAACUUGCCAUCACCCGCUAUUGUGGAAGCACAGGCAGCCAUCUCAGUCGAGCUGGAGAACCAAAGUGACUCUGAAACCGGUGAUGAAGGGCAGGCAGAAGUUGAAGGUGAAGGAUCAGCGGACGUAAAGGAUUCUUCUGAUCAGCCAGGUACCGAUAGAGAUGGCGAGGACACUGACUCUGGCACUGGCGAGAAAGACGAGAAACCAGAAAAGCCUGCCGAAGUUGAUAGUUCUGAUUCAGCCGGAAACAACCCUGAUGUCCACUCUUCGUCUUCAUCUUCCCUGCCGCUAAAGGGAGAUACUCAGUCAGACUACACUUCCUCGGGUGACUCAGAUGACUCGAGUAACUCCAGCGACAGUCCAGACAACAACGGUUCAGACUCACAGACUGUCGAUCUGUCUCUCGAUCGUGCCUCUGCGACUUCACGGGACACACCCACCUCGUCGAGCAAUGGUUCUAACCUUUUUGCAAAUACCAACACCCCCGAAGAAGAUGAGGACGAGGACAAGGACAUACGAGGCGGAUCUUCCGAAGAGCCCAUAUUGGUGAGCAACGCAACGUUCAGCAAGGCAAAUGUCUUUGGAUGCACUUUGGCGAGUAUUGCUGCCAUGGUAUUGGGAACACUUCUAUGA